AGAGGCUCGGAGAGCGGAGAAAGGGGCCACCGAUCGAGGCGGAGAGAGCCAGGCCCUCGGGCCCGCCAUGAGGCGCUGAGCGGGACGGGAAGGAGGCACGAGCUCGGCGUCUUUCUCUGCUGCCGCGACCCGCGCCCCGCCACCCCUCAACGCCCGCUCCCGUCGGACGCACCGCCAAGAUGGCCCAGGUGGCGAUGCCCGCCAUGCCGGUCGACGACGAGGAGUCCUCGGAGAGCAGGAUGGUGGUCACGUUCCUCAUGUCCGCGCUGGAGUCGAUGUGUAAAGAACUGGCCAAGUCCAAGGCAGAAGUGGCCUGCAUCGCGGUGUACGAAACAGACGUGUUCGUGGUUGGGACCGAGCGUGGGCGGGCCUUUGUCAACACGAGGAAAGAUUUCCAGAAGGAUUUUGUGAAAUACUGCGUCGCCGAAGAGGAGAAGGCGGCCGAGCUGCACAAGGGCAAGUUGCCGUCGCUGCUGACCCGCACGACGGUGGACGCCAUGGAGAUCGAAACGCUGCGCAAGACGGUGGAGGACUAUUUCUGCUUCUGCUACGGAAAAGCUUUAGGGAAGUCAACAGUCGUGCCAGUUCCAUACGAAAAAAUCCUUCGGGACCAAUCGGCUGUCGUCGUGCAAGGUCUCCCUGAGGGAGUCACCUUCAAGCACCCGGCCAAUUACGACGCUUCGACGUUGAAGUGGAUUUUGGAGAACAAAUCUGGGAUUUCCUUCAUCAUCAAGAGGCCUUUCCUCGAGCCCAAGAAGCAACUAGGUGGUCGUGUGACUGGGCCCGAUUCCGAACGCUCAAUAAUCGCCCCGGGGGGAAGUUGUGCGGUCAAAGUGAAAACGGAACCUGCUGAGGAUUCUGGCCUUUCGCUGGAAAUGGCAGCCGUGACGGUCAAGGAAGAGUCCGAAGACCCUGACUACUAUCAGUACAGUAUCCAAGGGAGCCGCCACCUUUCGGAGGGCAACGAAGGGACGGAGAUGGAGUUACCCGUGGAAGAUUCCACUCAACAUGCCCCUUCGGAAACAAGUGAGGACCCCGAAGUUGAGGUGACCAUUGAAGAUGAUGAGUACUCGCCACCCAGCAAGAGACCAAAGAGCGUGGAGCCGGUCCCCGAGGCGGCCAACGCUGGAAAGCGCAAAGUGAGGGAGUUCAACUUCGAGAAAUGGAAUGCUCGCAUAACAGAUCUACGCAAACAGGUUGAAGAAUUGUUUGAAAGAAAAUAUGCCCAAGCCAUCAAAGCCAAAGGCCCCGUGUCCAUCCCGUAUCCCCUGUUCCAGUCGCACGUGGAAGACCUGUACGUGGAGGGGCUCCCGGAGGGAAUCCCCUUCCGCCGGCCGUCCACCUACGGGAUCCCUCGCCUGGAGAGGAUCCUGCUGGCCAAGGAGAGGAUCCGCUUCGUCAUCAAAAAACACGAACUUCUGAAUUCCGCCCGCGAGGACCUACAGUUAGACAAACCGGCUCCAGGGGUGAAAGAAGAGUGGUAUGCACGGAUCACCAAACUGAGGAAGAUGGUGGAUCAGCUGUUCUGCAAAAAAUUUGCGGAAGCUCUGGGGAGCAGUGAGGCCAAGGCCGUGCCCUACCAGAAGUUUGAAGCCCACCCCAACGAUCUCUACGUGGAGGGGCUGCCGGAAAACAUUCCGUUUCGGAGUCCGUCGUGGUACGGCAUCCCCAGGCUGGAGAAGAUUAUCCAAGUAGGCAAUAGGAUCAAGUUUGUGAUCAAGAGGCCUGACCUGCUGACUCACGCAACCACUGAAAUCACCCAGCCGAGGACCAACACCCCCGUUAAGGAAGACUGGAAUGUCAGAAUUACCAAACUACGGAAGCAGGUGGAAGAGAUUUUUAACUUGAAAUUUGCGCAAGCCCUCGGACUGACCGAGGCGGUCAAGGUGCCCUACCCGGUGUUUGAGUCGAACCCCGAGUUCCUGUACGUGGAGGGCCUGCCCGAAGGCAUCCCGUUCCGCAGCCCCACCUGGUUUGGGAUCCCACGUCUGGAGAGGAUUGUCCGCGGGAGCAACAAGAUCAAGUUCGUGGUGAAGAAGCCGGAGCUGGUGCUUUCUUUCCUACCUGCUGGCAUGGCUGCUAAAGUCAACCUUAAAGCGUUGCAGGCCCUCAAGAGACCCAGGAGCCCUGGGAGUAAUUCAAAUAUCUCCGAAAUUGAGGUCACCGUGGAAGGUCCCAACAGCACCAACCCGCAAUCGGCGGUGGCCCGCACCCCCGCACAGACCAACGGCGCCAACGUCCCCUUCAAGCCGCGCGGCAGGGAGUUCUCCUUCGAGGCCUGGAACGCCAAGAUCACAGACCUGAAACAGAAAGUCGAAAACCUCUUCAAUGAGAAAUGCGGGGAGGCCCUGGGCCUCCAGCAUGCGGUGAAGGUGCCGUUCGCGCUGUUCGAGUCGUUCCCGGAGGAUUUCUACGUGGAGGGGCUGCCCGAGGGAGUCCCGUUCCGCCGGCCGUCCACCUUCGGCAUCCCCCGACUGGAGAAGAUCCUCCGCAACAGAUCCAAGAUCAAAUUCAUCAUCCGAAAGCCCGAGAUGUUUGAGACUUCGAUUAAGGAGAGCACCUCGAAAAGUCCGCCCCCCGCCCUUUUCUUUGAAGGGAAAAUAAACUCCUGCAACGUGGCAAACACGGCAGCCGGGGUGGAAGAUCUGAACAUCAUCCAAGUGACCAUUCCGGAUGACGAGAGCGAGCGGCUGUCCAAAGUGGAGAAGGCCCGGCAGCUCCGGGAGCAGGUCAACGACCUCUUCAGCCGCAAGUUUGGAGAAGCCAUCGGCAUGGGAUUCCCCGUGAAGGUGCCCUACCGGAAGAUCACGGUGAACCCCGGCUGCGUGGUGGUGGACGGGAUGCCCCCCGGGGUGGCCUUCAAGGCCCCCAGCUACCUGGAGAUCAGCUCCAUGAGGAGGAUCCUGGACUCGGCCCAGUUCAUCAAGUUCACUGUCAUAAGACCGUUCCCGGGGCUCGUGAUCAACCAACUGGUCGAUCCAAGUGAGGCGGAGGGUCCGUUAAUACAAGGUGGGUGGAGCGACGUAAAGAAGCGCAGUCCUCCACUCUGUACCCCACGACCACUGUGCCACCUCAGUUGGGGGGACUUGCCAGAAUCCCUGGAUCCGUGCCAGCUGGAGGGCCCCAUCCCCGACGAGCUGAAGGAGACGGAAGGAAGUUCUCAGAUCAAGCAGGAACCAGACCCCACGUGGUAGACGGUCGCUCCCCGGCAAAGUCGUCUGCCUGCGGUGUCGGCUGACAGCGCCCGUGGCCGAGACCCCGCCCCCACCGCGAGCCUCCGCCAGCCUGCGCGAGCCGCCCAGCCGUGUAAUAUAAUUGUAUAACAGAAGUCCCUUCUAUACAAACCCUCUUUUGUACUUUUAGAUAGAAAUGUCUACUUUUUCAGCAGUUCUGUGAAUUGGAUUAAAGAGCAGCCGAGCGAGGGGCCGGGGCCGGGACGGGGCCUCGCUCUCGGGGUCUUGCAGCGGGGCUGAGAAAAUGGACAGGGCCCAGGAGAGAAGCUGGUUUGGAUGUGGCGAGGCGGCGGGCAGGCAGGCCAGGGGUCCCCCCCUCCCUCCACCCCCCUAACCUACCCCCUUCGGCCCCUCGCAGCGGGGUCUCGGGCUGGGUGGGCCGGCGGGCGGAGAGGGAGGAAAUCCCGUCUUCCAGGUUUGCGGUUGUUCAGUCUUUCUGCCGGAAGACCCCUUCCCAGUUGUGGGCCCCCCACCCCGUUUCCCCUUCCCUUCCCCUCUCCCUCCACCCCACGGGGCCGGGGAAGGCCACGAGCUCUGACCGAAGUUUCUCCCUCUUCUCACUCUCACGGCUCAAAGGCCGGGGGUCCUGUCGAUCUGGGGUCUUUCCGGUUUGGGGGGGUGUCUUUUAUUUUAUUUCUUCAUCUAUUAAAAACCGAUCAGGUUGCCCCGGAAAGCUAGUGCAAGGUCGGUGUUUAGGGGUGGGGCAUGCCAACAAACCCCCGUUCUCCCUGCUUUUUCCACACUGAGGGGGAGAUCCGGGGGUGGGGGGGGUCCAUCUGGCUCCUUGUGGUGGCCCCCCAACUGAUUCUGCACCGCCUGACCCCUUCCUUCCUGCCCCCCCCUUUCCUCCCUCUUUCUCUCCCUCCCUCUCCGUGUAGGAGGAGUGUUCAGUGGGUUGAAAUCUCACAAACGGAUAUGUACCAUACCAGCUAGGUGGGAAUAGCGAAAGCGUGAUGGUAUAGAGUUUUCCUUAGCUUUACCACGAGACUCCCGGAGCAGAAUUGUAUGACAUGGUAGCCGAAAUAGACCUUUUUAUGUGUUGCUUCUAUUUUACCUCAAAUAAAUUAAAUUGUAGAUAUAGGGUAAUAAAUAAAAUCCAUCCAUGCCUUUCACACACUA